CAGACGGCGGUGUUACAGAGGACAAACACAGAGACACAUCCGUCAACACACAGGCACGUUUCAUAACAUCAAUCUGCAGAACAUUAACAUUGUCUCAUGUUAUGUCACGUCCUUUAUGCUGAACGCCAGUCAGAGCAAUGAGCUGCAUGAAACUCCUAGUUUCUAGAAGACCUCGCGUGAAAGCUGGACAGCUGUUCGGUGCAGCGUUCACCUCCUCCAGAUGUUUCCAUGCUGAACUAGUGAGACAUGAGUCCAGCGCUCUUCCGAUAGUUCAUCACAGUAAGUAUGUGUGUGAGCUGCCAGCCAACCACAGGUUCCCUAUGAACAAGUUUCCACAGCUCUUACACUGUCUCAUCAAAGAUCAGGUCAUCACUGAGAAACAGGUGUGGCUCCCUGAAAUUGCCUCUAAAGAUUUACUCAGCUGUGUGCACACAGAGGAAUACAUAAACAAUUUCAUAAAUGGGAAAAUAAAUGAGCAAGAACAAAAGAGGACAGGUUUCCCCUGGAGCGAAGGCAUAGUGAGACGCUGUCGAUAUGAAACAGGUGGGACUGUUCUAGCUGCUGAAGUAGCUCUGCAGAGGGGUCUGGCCUGCAGCACAGCGGGAGGAACCCAUCAUGCUUUUCCAAGCUACGGCUCAGGGUUCUGUCUCCUCAAUGACUUAGCGGUUGCAGCCAAAUACCUGACGGGCAUCUCCUCCGCGCCCAAAAGGAAGGUUCUGAUCGUGGAUCUAGAUGUGCAUCAGGGUGACGGCACUGCUUUCAUUUUUAAAGAUGAGCCGAGCGUGUUUACAUUUUCAAUGCAUUGUGGGAAAAACUUCCCCGUCCGUAAACAACAGAGUGACCUCGACGUCAGCGUGGAGGAUGGGCUGGAAGACAAGGAGUACCUCUCUACGGUGGAAGCCCACCUCCCCGGGCUGCUGGAGACCUUUCAUCCAGACCUGGUUCUGUACGACGCAGGUGUCGACCCUCACUGGGAAGAUGAACUCGGGCGCCUCCGUCUGACUGACCAAGGGCUGUAUCAGAGAGAUCUGUACGUGAUGAAGACUGUGGUGAGCAGAGGCAUUCCUGUCGCUACUGUUAUCGGAGGAGGAUACUCCAGAGACAUCGACAAACUGGCCCUCAGACACUCCAUCGUCCACAGAGCAGCUACUCAGGUUUGGAGGGAGUGUGGAAUGUAAACCCUGAAUCAAGAGGACCCUCAGAGCCUAACUGGUACUCAUCUGGUAAUGCUGUAUGAAACACUACUUGUUGUUCAAGAAUUAUGAAAAAGAUAUUGGAGACAACGGAUUCCUAAUAGAUUCCACCAUCAGCUCAGAGUAUCUGAGCUCUACUCAGGAUAUUUUUAUUUGGGAAGUCACUGUUCAUGCAAGUGACUUUCUCAUACAGUAUGUUUAAAGAGGACCUAUUAUGCUUUUGUGCUUUUCCCUUUCCUUUAACGUGUUAUAUAGUUUUUUGUGCAUGUAAAAGGUCUGCAAAGUUACAAAGCCUAAAGUCCACGCCAAAGGGAGUUAGUCUCCGCUACAGAAACUCUGCUCCUGAACUGCCUGAAACACCUUGAUUUGAAGUACCGCCUUUAUUUGUAAUGUGAUGUCACAAAGUAAUACAUUUUUCCUAGCGACUAUUUUGGCACGCCCUCAAACAAAGCUAGUUAGAGCAGAGCUGAAGUAGAGUCCGCAGAGUUUGGUUCAGUUGACAAAUCACAACAGAGUGGGCCAAGUGACCAAUCAGAGCA